AUGUCAAGGCUAAGCAACUCUAGGAGUAGAUGUCACUGUGGUUUGUUGGUGUCUAAGAGUAGGGCAUGGACAAGAGAUAACCCUGGCAGAAGGUUUCUUGCUUGCCCUGACUAUGAUGCAAAAACUGAUAAGAGGAGCUGCAAAUUUUUUAAGUGGGACCCCAAUGCAUGGCAGACUGAAGUGAUAUUGGGGCUUAUGCAAGAGAAGCAGGAACUAAAGAAUGAAGUUAUGUCUAUGAGGAAGGAAUUGAAGCAAGUAAACAAGUAUGCUAGGAAGAUUGAAAGUGAUUAUGUUAUGCUUAAAGUAAAAAGAGCUGCUAGGAUGAAUUUGGGCAUUAAUUGUGACUUGUGGAAGGUUGUUAUUGUGCUUCAUGUGCUAGGAAUUUGA